AAUGCUAGUGCAAAACACUAUAUACUUUUCCACUUAUUCACCCACUCAGGCUGGUGCUUGACAUUCUGGUUCUUGAAAGAGCAAUCUGCAGAAGGAAUAUGAACUUAUAAUGACUGAAUCACCAUGAAGCGACUGAGUCGAUCAUCACAGGAUUGGUUUGAUACAACGCUGGAUUUUCGCAAACUGAGGGCUGCUGUUCACUAAGUGAGGGACUACGGUUUGUCUUGUGUGUGUUGGUAAAUAGGACUGAAAGCGAAAAGUUGUGUUAAGGAGUUUCCUUGUGUCUGUGUAAAGACUGGGUAAAAACAGAGAGCCCAGUCCCUCCUGGUGAAAGGCUACAAGUGUGAGACAGAGCAGGUGAAGAUGUCCUAUGCCAUGGUUCACCCCUCUCCUGCCCGUUUCCUUUACUCUGACAUUACCCCUCUGUCAGAGGAUGAUGAGAACGGCAGUGAAAGCUCAGGAUCCGAUGACAAAUCCUUUCAUCUUUCCACUCCUGGGUACAACGCUAUCAAAGCAGACUCUCGCAAACGGAAGUUCGGCUGCAGGCCAUCGGUUGGAACCACAGAGCUUCACUUGCCAAUCUCGGAGACCCGACAGCGUAACUCAGCGAACGCUCGAGAGCGGGACCGAACAAACAGCGUGAACAUGGCUUUCACUGCUCUGAGGACACUCAUACCCACUGAACCAGCUGACAGGAAGCUGUCCAAGAUUGAGACAUUACGGCUGGCCUCUAGCUACAUCUCUCACCUGGAAAAUGUACUAUUGGUGGGAGAAGCAUGUGGAGACGGCCAGCCAUGCCAAAACACAGGGGCUCUGCAUAACCAUCUCCUUAAGACCAUAGAUGCAAGCCCAGACUCAGAGAACUCUCAGCCAAAACAGAUCUGCACCUUUUGCCUCAGUAACCAGAGGAGACUGAACAAAGACAGAGAAAGAAAAACAGCUAUAAGAAGAUAAUGACGAAGAAGAACAUACCAUUCAAUUCACCUGAACUCUAACUCUAUGUUUUUCCUAAUGUAUUGUAAGUAUGCUACUGCAGAAUCAUACAUGAACCUUUAUUUAUCCUGUAAAUGUACAUUUAUUAGUGGACUGCAUCACUGUGGAUUAAAGCAAUCACUCUGCUACAAUGGCUUCAUGCAUCAGAGCUUUGAGGACUUUACUUUCAAUCAACAGCACACAAUGUUUGUGCUGAACAUGGCACAUUAAGACUCUAUAUAAAUUUUAGCAUCAUGAAGACA